AUGUCGAUACCUCGCUCUCCUCCGCGAGAGGUGCGCGUCGCCAUCGUAGGCUCCGGACUGACCGGUCUUGUAGCCACCUACCUCCUCACCGCCCCCACCGACUCGUCCCGAAAUGCCAAGGUCACCGUCGACAUCUUUGAGCGAGCUUCGACGCUUGGAAUGGACAGCGCCAGCAUCUCGGUGCCUCUACCUGACUCGCCGUCAUCCACCACGAUACCUCCUUCGCCGCCUCGCACCCCGCCCGGCUUGGAAAACCACGACGCGCUACGGCCCCGCUCCCACAAGCGUCUCAAGCUGGAAACGCAUGAUCUGGCCGAUGCUGCAUCGACUACACAACGCUCCAUGCGCAUCGACGUCCCCAUGCGCGCCUUCACUGGAGGCUACUACCCACAGCUUCUUGCCCUCUAUCGCCACCUCGGCAUCAGGAUCAGAAAGACCAAUUUCACCUACUCUUUCGCUACGCUCUUACCGUCCACCGCGGCUGCACCGCCUUCCGCAAACCUAUCGCCGCCGUCUUCUACUGCAUCCCCGUCUGGCACGCGCUCGUCUUCACCACAGAGCGAGCCGAAAGCAGCAGCCACCUGCUCUUCCUCUCCCAUCAGCGAGAAGGAAACGGAGAGCGCCCAAGCGCCCUCGCCUAACAUCCUAUACAAUGGCGCUAAUGGCGUCCGCGGUGUCAGCCUGCCUACAGACCUGAGGCAACCCGAGCUCUCUAGCCCAGUCAGAGUGUCCAACAUCCUCGAUCAAAUCAAUCGCAUUCGAGCCUACUUUGGGUCGCUCGUGCUGCUCGUCCUGGGCUACCUGCAGCUGCUCGUUAUUGCGCUCUGGCAUCAUCACCUCGGCCACACGUGCGAUCCUGGCCAUCCUUUGCGCACAUAUACGCUCUCUGAUCUCGUCGCCCAACCAUUUCCCGCUCGAUCGCCAGCAACAGUAUCGAAAGGCUGUGCGCCUAGUCUGCGAGUUCGACUCGGUCACCGGAUCGAGCAUGUGGUGGAAUACGUAUUGCGCAGUACAAUCUGCCUGGACGAGCGAUUCGCACAGCAGACAUUGACCCCGCUCUUCAGUGCCGUCAUGACGUCGUCGCUCGACUCCGUCUGGGCCUGUCCUGCCUCGGAGGUGCUCGACUAUGUCGCGCUCACCCUCGGCAAAGACCACUUUGUCGUCAAGGACGGCGUUCGGACUGUCGUCGCUACUCUGUUGCAGCAUGUCGACCAGGAACAGACCCGGGCAGAACAAGCUGCCCGUCACAGCAACAUCGGCAGCAAGGUUUGGACCAGCGCAGAGGUCCGUCGUGUCCAGUCCCAGGCGGGUAAAGCUUGGAUCGAUGUCGUGCAUCACCAUCGCGAGUCGAGUCCGCAGCACGAGACGGCAGAUACACCACACAUGUCGAGGGAAUCAUCGUCCACCUCGACAGAUCGAACGCUUUGCAACGAGCAAGACCAGCUGCAGCAGCAUGGGCCAUUUGAUCACGUCAUUUUUGCGACGCAGGCCAACCAGACGGCACAGUUUCUCGAGCAGAUCGUUGACAGUCUGGCGACACCCGAUCAAAGCAGGACGCAGGAAGCGCAGAGGUUGAGCAGGGUGAUCGACGUUUUGAACACGUUUAGGUACGAGCGCAGUGUGGUGGUCAACCACACAGACCGUGCGUUGCUGCCUCGAGACAGAGCCGACUGGAGGGAUUUGAACCUUGUGUCGCCCUCGCAGGCUAGGGGUCGAGUGCGAGCAAAGGCGCUUUGGGCGGCGGUGGAGGCGCGGCGGGACAGUGCUGGUUCGGAGUGGACUGACGAUAUUGGUGAGACGACGGAUGGGAGUGCGUCCAAGGAUACACUGUGGUCGCUCUCGUGCGGUGGUGCCAGCAGCAGCAGCAGCAAGGGAAUGAAGGGUACAGGUGGGCACACGAUGGCAACGCACGUGCUUGCGCUUCCCGCACCCGCCACGCUCUCUGACCUGCUCGUCAUGCAGACCACCAACCCACUUUCAUCGCUCAAUCCACGACCCGCCACGGUCCUGUCCAGGUCGACAUUCGACAGAGCCGUCAUCGACGUCGCCGCCCACCUGGCCCGCUCGGAGCUUUUCCAUCUUUCCCCCGCCACUGUUGCGUCUGGCCGCGGCCAAGUCAAGACCGCUGGAGGCAGGGUCCUCUCUUUGGGCCCUCUCCAGCAGCAGCGAGAACAGGAGGAGGGCGGAGACGGUGCCAAGGUGUGGGUGUGCGGAAGCUGGGCCAUUGGGAUCCCGCUUUUGGAGGGGUGUGUGGUUUCGGCGAGACUGGUUGCCGAGGAGAUUCUGAGGCAGGAAGGGGUGGGGCUACCGGAGCAUGCGAAGUGGUGA